AUGCCUUUUGGUCUUGUGGACUACAACAUCAAAUAUUUCUCAAGUCAUUCAAGUCAAAAGUUGAAAAUGGAAGAUCACUAUGCCAAGUGGUUAGAAACAAUGUAUGCGCAUUUUGGCCACAAGUGGUUAUGUUUGUUUAGAGGUCCUUAUUGGCAGUGCGAAGAAAAAGUGAAUCCUGAAUCUGCAUAUAACUUACCCUUGGUGAAUUCCAUGCAAGUCAACAGUGAUCUUGUGCCCACUUCCAAUAACAUGGAAGUUGUGAGUGUCCAGUCAGCUGGCAUUCAAGUAUCGAAUUCCAUCGACAAAUCGUUUCAUAACACACAUUCUAGCAAUUCAAUAAUUGAUGAUGUUUUAGCAGAACUCCAAAUUGAUCUUGAAGAAUUUGAGUUUUCAGCUAUGGAUGAAGAAAGUAAUAACAUUGUGGAAGAAGAGUCAAUACCAUCAUGUGAUAUUGAAAUGAGUAACAGUUACCGACUGAACAAUGCCAACAACAAGUUGAAGUCUGUGUGUCACCAGAAGCAAUGGAAGUUCAUCACAAAAUUCAACCACAACAGUCAAACAGAAAACCAGUGA